UUGGCCUUUUCGUGAGCCUGUCUCAUACAAGAAACCGAAAAUGGGACGUCGGCCGGCAAGAUGCUACCGCUACUGCAAGAACAAGCCCUAUCCCAAAUCCCGGUUCUGCCGUGGUGUCCCAGACCCCAAGAUCCGUAUCUUUGACUUGGGUCGCAAGAGGGCUCUGGUUGACGAGUUCCCUAUUUGCAUCCAUCUUGUGUCUGAUGAAUGGGAGCAGCUGUCGUCCGAAGCCUUGGAGGCCGGGCGCAUCUGUGCCAACAAGUACAUGGUGAAGAACUGCGGUAAGGACGCCUUCCACAUCAGGAUCAGGCUCCAUCCAUUCCACGUCAUCCGCAUCAACAAAAUGUUGUCGUGCGCUGGAGCUGAUAGGCUUCAGACUGGAAUGCGUGGAGCUUUUGGCAAGCCCCAGGGUACCGUAGCCCGUGUGAAGAUCGGUCAGACCAUCAUGUCUGUCAGGACCAAGGAGGGUAACAAGGCUGCUGCACAUGAAGCUCUCAGGAGGGCAAAGUUCAAGUUCCCUGGACGUCAGAAGAUCUUUGACUCCAACAAGUGGGGCUUCACCAAGUGGACGAGGGAAGAGUACGAGAAGAUGCGCGCCGAGGGCAAGCUGGUCCCUGAUGGAGUAUCAGUCCAGUACCAUCCCGACCAUGGACCACUCAACAAAUGGAAGGCUCGUAUGCUCAAGAACUAGACGACCCGACCCAACCGCCCUGCCUCCCUCCAAGCCAGGCAGCCAUCGUUCGUCCUCGACACACUCGCCCUGUGAUACAACAGCACUGAAUGAUCCAAUCCCAUUGACAUGGAACUGAUUUCGGACCUUGCAAAAUUGGUCAUCAACCCCAUUUAUGAGAAGCUCAACAUGAUUGCCUUUUCACAACACCGUGAAAUUUCUGUAUGAAAUAUGUUUGAAGGAAUAUGGAAUUACAGAAGAAUACAGCCACAAAA